AACUUAAGAAGAAGAAGUAACUCUAACCUCGUUUUAUUAACCUAAUAUAUCCGUAAUUUCUGAUGUAAUUACGCCGGUAAAGGAGCUUAAUUAGAAUGUCUUCUUAUAGAAAAAAUAAUGAUAACAAAAUGUUGGUGCCUUGGUUUAAUCGUGCGGAAUGGUGCUACGUCUACGAUAUGAUUUAUAGUGAUUCAGAUGACCGAAAUCGUGCUGUAGAAAUAAUUAAAUUAUGGAAAUUGCGAGUACCUAAACUACCAAGUGGUGUUGAGGGCACACUAAUAAUUUUAGAGGCCCUGUUACAAAAUACUGAUAUAGCUGACGAUAACUUACGCCUCUUGUAUGGAACAUCUAUAAUGAGAUUUUUGAAUAUUUGUGGCGCAUAUACGGACAAGCAAGAGUCAUUCUACAAGACUGCAAAGAAAAAUAAAUUACCAGAUUGGUUAAUUGAUCUACGUAAUGACUUAGCCCACGACCAGAAAAUCCCAUCAGAAUGUGUUUUAAAAUUAGGUUUAGAAUAUUGCUUAAAUUGGUUAAAAACUACUUAUUGGGAUGAGCAAAAAGAUAUACUAAUGGAUUAUACAGUUAGUGAAGAAAAUUUAAAUAUUGAGAAGUUAAGAAUUGCUGUUCCUCUUUACUGCAAAUUAAAUGAUUUAAGACAUUUAUACCCUCAAAACAAUACCAUUGAGAAAGCAAUGGGGCCAAAUAAUGAAAUAUNACCUUGCUUUCAAUAUCUCCGUUUCGAGUUUGAGAAAAAAAAGAAAAAACGACACGAUUUCAAAGUCGAACGUGACAUUGGUGAAGUCAAAGUAGAUGUAGAAAUAUUUGAAGAUCACCCNCUAAAACCUGAUUUAAUUGAAAAUUUGAAGACUUUGCAAGAUGAAAUUCUAUCGAAUCCUAAUGAAUACUCUUUAAACUUUGUAGAGACGUACUUAACUUUACUUCAACAUCCUCAAGAAUUUGUAAACGACACUUUGGCUGCAAUCAGAAACUAUACAAUCCCUAAAACCAAAUCAGAAGAAACUGGGCUACAUUCCAUUGAAGAAUUUGAAGAAUAUAUGGAUGAUAUAACAGCUAGCGCUUUUUUAGACGAUUUUAUUCACGAUAUGUCCACACAAGGCACUGGAAUCGAAAAUAAUAGUUCCAAAAAAUGGGAAUUAGUAAAAGAUACAAGUAUCUUUGAGGGCUGCCCUUUAGGGGUUUUAACUUAUCAAACUCGAGAAAAUAAUCCACUAUUGACACUUUUGUAGUUCGUACAUAUAUGCUUUACUUUAAUAGAAUAGGUAAUUUUGUUAAAAGCAUUUGCUUUCAAUAUUAAACAUUUUGUACUGGAAGGGAAUUAAAAACAAAGAAUU